CGGCCGAGGAUUUGCGCCCCUUUGUGUUAUUUGAUUUACUAGUUUAUCGCAGUGUGUUUGACCAAAAACCCGAACCCAAAACAUGUGUGACUUGUUACUAAUUGACAUCGGAACAUGUUGGGUUUGGUGGUUGGUGUCCGGCCAAAUGAAAAACGAACAUGUUGGGUUCUCUUAGAUGUUUGACAGUUGGUUCCCGCCAUAAACAGACCCUCCUGUCCUUCAUUUCUCUACACACCUCCACCUCCACCUCCACCUCCACUACCACCAGCUUUAGUCCCAAAUUCAAGUCCCCUAUUCACGAAUCAAUCCAUCUCCUCCUAGAAAAAUGCACACACAUGAGAGAACUAAAGCAACUUCAUGCCCAAAUCAUCCUCCAAGGACUCACCCAACAAACCCUCACGCUUGGCAAACUCGUUUCUUUCUGUGCUGUUGCCGAGUCCGGUGAUCUUCAAUACGCACAGGUUGUGUUUGACGAAAUACCCGAACCCAAUAGGUACAUGUAUAACAGUUUGAUAAGGGGCUACUCAAAUAGUGAUGACCCAUUAAAGGCUAUUCGCCUUUACCAUCAAAUGAUUAGUUCAGGCCUUUCACCGAAUGAAUUUACAUUCCCAUUUGUUCUCAAGGUAUGUGCAUUCAAAUCGGCGUAUUUGGAUGCGGUGCUUGUUCAUGGACAUGCCAUUAAACUGGGAUUUGUGUCCCAAGUUUGUGUCCAAAAUGCGCUCAUUAAUGUUUUUGUUGUUUGUGGGUUGAUUCAUUGUGCUCGGAAAGUGUUUGCUGAUAUUGGUGAUAGGACUUUGGUUUCUUGGAAUUCGAUGAUUGGUGGGUAUUCUAAAAUGGGCUGUUGCAAGGAAGCAUUUUUACUCUUUCGGGAGAUGAGAGAACUAGGUGUGGUGCCUGAUGAGUUUACCUUUGUUAAUCUCCUUUCUGUUUGUUCACAAACUUGUGAUUUGGAAUCAGGAAGAUAUGUGCAUUCAUAUAUAGAGGUCACAGGGUCUAAAACUGAUAUAUAUGUCCAGAAUGCUCUUGUCGAUAUGUAUGCAAAGUGUGGUCAUCUGCAUACAGCCCAAGCAUUUUUUGACCGAAUGCUUGAUAAAAACGUGGUCUCAUGGACAUCCAUGGUUAGUGCAUAUGCUAAACAUGGGCUUAUUGAUUUUGCUCAGAAAUUUUUUGAACAAAUGCCUGUGAAAAAUGUGGUUUCUUGGAAUUCUAUGAUUUCGUGUUAUGUCCAAGAAGGUCGCUGCAGGGAAGCUUUGGAUCUUUUUGGCGAAAUGUGUAAUUCAAGAGUGGUUCCUGAUGAAACUACUCUAGUUAGUGUUCUUUCAUCCUGUUCUCAACUUGGCGAUUUGGUUAUGGGGAAGAGAACUCACAAUUACAUAUGCAGUAACAAUAUAACACCUAGCAUUACUUUAAGUAAUGCCCUUGUAGACAUGUAUGCAAAAUGUGGUCCUGUACAGAUUGCGUUGGAUAUCUUUCUUGAGAUGCCGGAGAAGAAUGUGGUGUCAUGGAAUGUGAUGAUUAGGGCGCUUGCACUACAUGGGUGUGGAUUUAAAGCGAUCCAACUCUUUGAAAAGAUGCAAGGUAGUGGGAUAUGGCCUGAUGAGAUCACCUUCAUGGGGAUGCUUUGUGCUUGUAGUCACAGUGGUCUUGUGGACAUUGGGCGAUAUUACUUCGAUAGAAUGGGUCUUAUUUACGGAAUACCUUAUGAAAUUGAGCACUAUGCUUGCAUGGUUGAUCUUCUUGGGCGUGGUGGGCACUUGGAAGAAGCGAUUAAGUUGAUAGGAGGAAUGCCAAUGAAGCCCGAUGUUGUAGUUUGGGGUGCUUUGUUGGGUGCCUGUAGGACUCAUGGCAAUUUCAUGGUUGGGAAGCAAAUUUUGAAACAGCUACUAGAGUUAGAGCCCCAUAGUGGAGGACUUUAUGUCCUCCUCUCAAACAUAUAUUGUGAAGCUCGAAGAUGGGAUGAUGUGAAGAAGAUAAGAAAACUAAUGAAGGACCACAGGAUCAAAAAAGGCAAUGCAAUCAGCUCUAUUGAAAUUGAUGGCUCAUUUCAUGAAUUCAUGGUUGACGACAAGAGACGUGAUGCUACAAGUGGUAUCUACAGUAUGCUUGAUCAGUUAACAGACCAUUUAAAGUCUGAAGGGUAUUUAUGCAAACUUUCAAGUGCGUUUUUGGAUGCAGAAGAAAUGUAGUGCUGUGCUAGGAAUGGCACUGCAUUUGAAGCGGUGGGGUGUAGCAAUGCAUUCCUUGAAACGCAUGUAUGCAGAAUGCAGUUUUACCACUGCAAUACCUUGGAUAUCUUUCUGGAAUGCCAGCUGAGAAUGUGACAUCGUAGAAUGUGAUGAUUGGGUCCCUUGCAUACCGUGAGUCGAUUUUAGUUGAUCUUUGACUUGCAAAGAAGCAAGCCAGAGGGAUCUGAUCUGACAAAAUUACCUUCAAGUAAUGGCAAUGUAGAGACGGCGAAGCACAUUAUAAGACAGCUAUUGCAGUUGCUAGAGAUGGUGGAGGCCUUUGUGUGUUUAUCCGAAAUGUAUAUUGUGAAGCUGAAAGAUGUGAUGAAGAUGACAAGAUAUGAAGAACUGGAGGAAGCUAAUGAAGGACCAUGCAAUCAUAAAGUUCGAACGGUUAGCUUGAUUCAAAUUGAUGCUUCUAGCAGCAUUAAUCCCUUGCUUGAUCAAUUAAUGGAUUAUAUAUACUCUGUAGGUUGUGGACUUCCCGAAUGCUUAGGAAUCUUUUGUUGUAUCAUCAAAUUUUGGAAAUCUGACUAUAUUCAAUAAUAUUGUACGUUCUUAGCAAGUAUAAAGCUGCAAUUGUUAGACGCUGCAAUUGUUAGGAACAGAAUAACUGUGUG